AUUUUCCUCCCUCUCCUUCUCAUCAAUAUUGCUCUCUCUCUCUCUCUCUCUCUCUCUCUCUCUCUCUCUCAGCAGCAUCAUCAUGUACCAAGCAAUUCCAUAUAGAACAAGUGUAUCUACAGUAACACGUAACCUACCAAUCACCACAGGAAUCCUUGAAUCCAACGUAACAACAAUGGUUUCAGAAAACGCAGUUAUUAUCAUUGGCACACGAGGAUGCUGUCUCUGCCAUGUUGUCAAAAGAUUGUUACAAGGUCUAGGAGUCAACCCUCCUGUCUAUGAGGUUGAUCAAGACCAUGAAACUGCCGUUGCUGCCCAACUGUCCACCAACACCGCCGAAACAGUUCAGUUUCCGGCGGUGUUCGUUGGUGGAAAGUUGCUUGGAGGGUUGGAAAGAGUCAUGGCAAGUCAUAUCUCAGGAGAAUUGGUUCCUAUAUUAAAAGAUGCUGGUGCCUUGUGGCUUUGACUAGUUAUGCAUAUAGUGAGGGUUCUUAUUUUUCUUACUAAUUUUGCUUGUUUUUGUUAAUUAGUUACAUAAGUUUCUUUUUAGGCAUCUUUGUUGUGCUGGGAAAGAGAUACUGUGAUACUAUCUCUUUGUUGAAGAGAUAUUUUGUACAUUAUGUUUCAAUUAUAGUUCAUGAUGAGGACAACAAUCGUAUUGGAUCUCAAGAUUAAUCAAUUGGAAAAUGCUGUUCUACUUAGUAA